AUCAAUGUCUUUAUUCAAGAAUACAAGAAAUGGGUAAUAGCUGCAUGUGUGUUUGUGUGUGUGCAUAAUAUGCAUUCUUUACUUGUUGGAUCCAAAUCCCAGGAGGAAUUAAAUAAAACAAGAAGACAAACAAAAACAAAACAAAAAUAUAUUUCUCUCCCUUCCAAGGUCAGGAAUCAGAGGAGGAAGAAAUUAGGUCAGAUCAGUGCAGGUUUUCACACUGCUGACAUUGAAAAAUGUACGGCGAGAUUUCCAAAAUACAUUUGCAAUCAAAUAACUUUGACAACAUAAGUUUUUUAAAUCAGAGGGCGGAGCUGGAAAGACAGCUUAGCUCAACAGGUUACAGGAGAUCAGAUGCCCCCUACUUUUCAUGACAAUCUUUGUGGCCUAAAUCUCCCCUUUGAUCAUUGAUCAGUAAAUCACUGCAUAUAAAUUCAUCUAACCGUUAUAAUUUCAUGAGUAAAGAUUCUCAGAUGAUUGAAUUGCGGUUUUAGUGAAUGUUGAACUUUAUCGCGAUUUCUGUUUUUAGAAUCAAUAGUCCACAUUUUGAUUUAGUUUUGCAAGUUGCUGAUUUCACACAGAUCCACUGCUGAAACGUGCCCUUUGAGUUUUUCAUCAUUUAACAAGAAUAGGCUCAGGCUAUCAUUGUGUAAUUAGGCUUAGCAUAUGUGACAGUACAUGGCACAAAACAAGAGGUUUCCAUGCAUCUAAAUCCAGAUUUUAGUCCCAAUUUUUGUUGACUAUAAUGAAAAUAUAUACUCUUUAGUAUAUAUUAACCACUGGAUGCAAAGUAAUAUAUACAAAGGAAAACUUUCUGAAUCACAUUUAGUGUUACAUUUCAGAUCACCACAAUAGGAUAUCCACAAUUUAGGAUUCAGGCAUUUGUUUUAGUUCGAUAUCGCAAUCAUUCUAUGUUUGAGUAGUUUACAGAACCAGCAGUUAGCAGCAGUAACUUCUGCUGCUUCAAUUCAAGCAUUGCAAGCAUUCCUUUAUACACAGCAUUUCAGUCAGAUUGAGGUCUGGGCUUCCAUGCUGUAGAUUUGCUGCUGUAUUUGGGGUCAUUAUCCUGUUGCAUGGCCUAAUUUAGGAGAAGCUUUAGCUGUCGGACAGACGGCCUCACAUUUGACUCUAGAAAACUUUGGCAUACAGAGGAGUUUGUCAGCUGCAAGGUGACUAUCUCUUGUGGCUGCAGAACAAGCUCAAAUCACCACCCUUAAACCAGCAUGCUUGACAGUUGGUUUGAGCCUCCAAUAUGUUUUAUAGACGACUGUAGACACUCACUGCUGUAGCGCUCUCCUGACCUCCUCUGCAUAUGAUGAUGAUGAUUUAGACUAAAUUUGGAGUCAUCACUCCAUCAAACCUUUUGCCCCUGACUUUCCGUCCAGUACCUGAAGAGGGAAAGAGAGAGAGAGAGAGAGAGAGAGAGAGAGAUCGUGCACGACCAUGGCAGCAGUUACACCUCCACCACUGAGAGAUGUGAUUAAGGCUGCGUGUUGGAUUGUCCUCUACAAAAUGCUGUGAAAUGUAAGUAUGCCUUGUUUCCUAUGAAGCUAAUAAGGAGAGAUAAACUGGACAGACUUUGUAGAUGCUGAUAUAUUUCCAAAGCACAGUGUUCAAGUAUUUAUGGCUUGUGACUACAAACCUUCAAAUUGAUUAAAUAUACCGAAUCUAAAUAUGUUACUUUUGGUACUACAUUGUUUUUGAUUUAUUCUCGCGCCCCCUUACCUUACCUUGUAGAUUGUCUCUCUCAUAAAUUUCAUCAAAAAGCAGAAAUGUGGAUAAAAUGUUCUGUAUGAAAAAUGUCAAAGAAGGUAAGUACUACUUCAAGAAAUUAAUUUUUAAUGAGUGCAAACUCAAGAUCUCACUUCCUCAUAUUGCUGUCAGGAUAUGAGUGUACUAGCUUUCAUCUACAUUAUAAAUGUAUCUAAAAUGGAGAUAAAUAAUAGAUUAACUUCCCAAGAUGUCCACUCAUUACUGACAGCUACAAAACCUCAGCCAGAGACUCUGGCUCUCUGGUAGUGGCACAAAAUGAUGGCAAUGGCUUUUCAUUACAGCAUUACAAAGUCAUCUAUUCCAGUUUAAGAGGAGAAAUGAUCAAAACAUAAUAUUCACUGCUAUAAUCUUUAAUUAAAUGUGUAAUUUAAAUGUUGUUUUCCAUAUUUUACAAAGACAGAGGCAGAUGACAUAUUCAGGUGAUUGCCACGAUGGAUGACAUGCUCAAUUCUGCAGAUACGACUGAAAAAGCGUACGAUAGAAAUGCUGACAAAGCAGCGGUCCACGAUCCACUACCUGCUACUUCAAAGUUGCCUGUUACACGUGAUUCCACUGCAGACCUUACAGAAUCUUUGACUGAAGUCAAUAGUUUUUCAGAGCAGAUUUCCACUGAGGACACUGAACUAUCUUCAGUGGACCUCUCUGCGAAUGUCUUCCCCCAUAGAACAGUAGAAGCUCCCAAAAACAUGCAAAAUAUACCAAAGUCAGGAGUGACCAGAGCAGUACCUAACUGCAGUCCACAAUCUGUGGAAAAGGAGCAGCCAAAACCUCGCAGUGCCCUGCUGCCGUCCUCUCUGGAGGUCAGCACAGUCCAUGAAUUGAGCCAUCCACCCAAACCAAAGGGCAAGAGCCAAGAAAGCCUUAAAACCACUUCUGCUCACACCGACCCAGGCGCAGAGGACCUUUGUGCUGCGAUCCUCAUGGCCUGCCUCUUCUGCCACCCCCUGGACUGCCUCCUGUCCACGCUGAGGGGGUUUAACGGGUGCGCCUGGUGGCUUUGCUCGUCCUUCUACGACUGCGAGCCUCUCCUGCAUGUGAUGCACCACUGCAACCUGUGCGGGUGUCUGGGUGUUUCUCGCUGCUUCCAGAGCGACUGUCCACUGUGCGACUUGUGCCUCCACGCUACAGAAUGCCUGGACCUCGCUAUGGAAAUCUCUCAGAUGCUUUACCACUGACGCCUACUGCCAGAAAAUAAGGCACAUCCACACACAAACCGAUGGCAAUCAUUUAUUUGUUAAAAAUCUUCUCAAAGCCAAAUUGCAGUGACAAGACAUAUUGGUUUGUAGUUAACAGUCAGUGUGAGUAUGAGUCACUGUGUAUAUGCCUGGUUAAGACAGGGUUAAUAUUGUGGAGAAGAGUAAAAGCUAAAAAGGUACAGAAGUUCUACUCUGUGAUUUACGGGAACACGACGAGCAACGCUGAGUGACGGAGUGGAGCUGCUUUAAGCUGAAAGGUACCUCCAACGCUCUGAACGAUCAGUGGAGAGCUUAAAAAAAUAAUUGUAACCACCAAUCAAUGCCACUCAAAGCUAUGAUUUAAAUAUGUUUUUGGCUGUUUUAACUAAAAACAGUGCAUCAGUGUUAGAAAAAACAAACAAAAAAAUGCUCAAACACACAUUCAUUAACUGUACACAAGGUUCAGUAAGCAUGUGAUGAAAAAAAACCUAACAUUUGUGACUAUUUAAUGGAAUAAUAAUUGCAUUGAGAUUUCAUUCAAUAAAACAUCAUACAUUGUUAUAACAGAAGUGAGACUAGUGGUUGGUUUAAAAAAAAAAAAAAA